AUGGGCGACUGGAGUGCCUUAGCCAAGCUUCUAAAAAAGGUUCAGCCCUACUCCAUGGUUGGAGGAAAGGUAUGGCUCAAGGUCCUUUUCAUCUUCCGCAUCCUGCUCCUGGGGACUGCCAUUGAGUCAGCCUGGAGUGAUGAGCAGCUGAAGUUCCGUUGCAACACUCAGCAGCCUGGCUGUGAAAACAUCUGCUACGACCAAGCUUUCCCCAUCUCUCACGUGCACCUCUGGGUCCUCCAGGUCAUCUUCGUGUCUGUACCCACACUCUUAUACCUGGCACACGUGUUCUAUGAGACCCGGCAGAACCAGACCCUGAAGAAGCUAGAGAAGGAGCUUGGAGUUGUUCGUGUUAAUGGUGCCUAUGUGGAAGCGCACUUACAGCAAACUGAAGAAAAGAAGUUCGAGAGUGGCAGUGAAGAACAAGCUAAGGUGGAAAGGAAAGGCCGGUUGCUGCUAACCUACAUGCUCAGUAUCUUCUUCAAGUCUGUCUUUGAGGUGACCUUCAUGCUGGUCCAGUGGUACAUUUAUGGAUUUACCCUGAGGGCAGUUUACAUUUGUGAGCAAGCUCCUUGCCCACAUCAGGUGGACUGCUUCAUCUCUCGCCCCACAGAAAAAACCAUCUUCAUCCUCUUCAUGCUGGUGGUGUCCCUGGUGUCUUUAGCCUUGAAUAUCCUUGAGCUGUCCUAUGUCCUAUAUAAGGUCAUUAAGAAUCAUGUGAGAAAGGAGGAUGAGGUUUACUAUAGUAUAGCUGAUCUCCAGAGCCUUUCCCAUGCCUCCUCACCAAAUGCUCUCACUACCACGUUUUCUGAGGAUCAGGUGGUUCCUGGGGAACAUUAUCGGUUACGGUGCGUAACAGAGUCUAGUGGGGGAAGGCAGGCAGACAGUGUCUUUUCUGGCCUGCACUCAGCCUUUUCUUCACCCUGA